ACUCAUUCAUGAGUCUCUCGCAUUGUGUGCGAUUUUGGGGUGGUGAAGCCGAACUCUCAGGAUGCUGUCCGAGGUAGCCUCGUAGAAAUAUGAAUCGAACCAGCCCGUGAGCGAAGGCAUUCGCUUCCGACGUAUUUUGGUGACGCAUCAUCAUCGUGCUCAAAUGGGGUCACACAGCGGAUUCGAAGUGCCUCGUUUCGUCGUACUUCUCGGCCACUUUGUUCUCCUGAUCGUUCUACUGUGGGAUGUAGAAGUCGUCGCGAAGUCAUCUCUACCUUGGUCUCAACGAGAUGAUCAUUCUCGGGUAGAAUCUGUUCAAACACAAAUCACCGCGGGUCUUGCAACUUCAACGACAUUGGUGGCUAUAGAGCUCACAUGUUUCAUGAUUGGAGCAUCGCUUUUCUUCCCCACUCAGUGUCUGUCGUCGGCAGUGGUGCAUUCGAUAAGUUUCGUCUCGUUAGCGUUCUUCAUGGCUGAUACCUUUCAUGUGAAAUACUUCUGGAUCUUAUUCGUUCUUACAGCCUUGUCCUGCAUGGCCGAGGUUACUAUUCUGUUCGGCGCGCUGAUAUUGAACAAGCCCCUUUGA